AUGCCGACCAGAGCAAGAGGCACCCUCGAAUUUUUCAAGAUGAUCAAGCUGUCUCGACCAAUCGGCUGUAAGCCAUACCAGACAGCGAAGCAUCCAACCGUCUAUAGGGUCCCGCUCUUACGCAAACGCCGCUGUGACAACCGUCGACCUUCGACUCUCGGCGCCUUGACGGUGUUCGUGGCUGAGUAUGGCACGCCUUUUGGACGAUGCCGAUAUCCGAAAUGCUAA